AUGACGACUUCGCUGCUCUUGCAUCCGCGCUGGCCGGAGAGCCUUAUGUACGUCUAUGAGGACAGCGCGGCGGAGAGCGGCAGCGGAGGCGGCGGCGGGGGAGGCGGCGGCGCGGGCGGCGCGGGGGGCGGCUGCAGCGGAGCGAGCCCCAGCAAAGCCCCCAGCAUGGACGGGCUGGGCAGCAGCUGCCCGGCCAGCCACUGCCGCGACCUGCUUCCACACCCCGUGCUGGGCCGCCCGCCGGCUCCCCUGGGUGCCCCGCAGGGCGCCGUCUAUACGGACAUCCCGGCCCCAGAGGCGGCGCGCCAGUGCGCUCCGCCGCCGGCGCCCCCCACCUCGUCCAGCGCCACCCUGGGCUACGGCUACCCGUUCGGUGGCAGCUACUACGGCUGCCGCCUGUCGCACAACGUGAACCUGCAGCAAAAGCCUUGCGCCUACCACCCGGGCGAUAAAUACCCGGAGCCGUCGGGCGCCCUGCCCGGUGACGAUCUGUCCUCUAGGGCCAAGGAGUUCGCCUUCUACCCCAGCUUCGCCAGCUCCUACCAGGCGAUGCCCAGCUACCUGGACGUGUCGGUGGUGCCUGGGAUCAGCGGGCACCCGGAGCCGCGUCACGAUGCGCUCAUCCCCGUCGAAGGCUACCAACAUUGGGCUCUCUCCAACGGCUGGGACAGUCAGGUGUAUUGCUCCAAGGAGCAGUCGCAGUCCGCCCACCUCUGGAAGUCUCCCUUUCCAGACGUGGUUCCCCUACAGCCCGAGGUGAGCAGCUACCGGCGUGGGCGCAAGAAGCGCGUGCCCUACACCAAGGUGCAGCUGAAGGAGCUAGAGAAGGAGUAUGCUGCCAGCAAGUUCAUCACCAAAGAGAAGCGCCGGCGCAUCUCUGCCACCACGAACCUCUCUGAGCGCCAGGUCACCAUCUGGUUCCAGAAUCGACGGGUCAAAGAGAAGAAGGUGGUCAGCAAAUCGAAAGCACCUCAUCUCCACUCCACCUGA